AUGUCGUCAGUGCUCGAUCCCAGUGGAAGUAUGGCUGAGCCUUGUGAUUACACUCGUGGCGGUGCAGUACCUGCCUAUCUGCUGGACAGAGAGGGGCAGUCCCGAGCGAAAGUACUCUCCAAUAUGAUUAAACAAAAACGAAAGGAGAAAGCGGGAAAAUGGGAAGUCCCUCUGCCCAAAGUCCGUGCCCAGGGAGAAACAGAAGUAUUAAAAGUUAUUCGGACAGGAAAGAGAAAAAAGAAAGCAUGGAAAAGGAUGGUUACCAAAGUCUGCUUCGUUGGAGACGGCUUUACACGAAAACCACCUAAAUACGAAAGAUUCAUCAGACCAAUGGGCUUACGUUUCAAGAAGGCUCACGUAACACAUCCUGAGCUUAAAGCCACCUUCUGCUUACCGAUACUUGGUGUGAAGAAGAAUCCCUCAUCACCGCUCUAUACAACUCUGGGUGUAAUCACCAAAGGGACUGUCAUUGAAGUGAACGUGAGCGAGCUGGGCUUGGUGACACAAGGAGGCAAGGUUAUCUGGGGUAAAUAUGCUCAAGUUACCAACAAUCCUGAAAAUGACGGAUGCAUAAAUGCAGUCUUACUGGUUUAA